AUGUCUGUUUUCAAGGCAAUCGCUCUACGAAUGUAUAGCUCUGGAAGACAAGAGGAGGAACAUCUCAACCAGACGGGACGGCCUUACUACAACCAAGGCUACCCGGGAGCUAUGUCAGGACCAUACGGACAACCAGGCUACAAUCCGCAAUAUCAAAAUCCUUAUCCAGCGGGUGGACCACCGCCACCUGGUUGGAAUAAUCAAGGAGGGCAGCAAGGCUUUAUGCCACCUCCAAUGCCACAUCCAAAUAUGAUGGGAAUGGGUGGUAAUCCGAAUCCGCAUUACGCAGAAGGUGGUGAAGCAGAUAAAUAUAAUCUUCAAUUCAGUGACCGUACUAUACGUGCGGCAUUCGUCCGAAAAGUGUUCUUUCUCGUCGCUAUUAUGCUUGGUGUUGUGGCGAUAAUGACUGCGAUUCCUUUCUUCAACCACGAUACGAGACUUUUCGUUGCUAGAAAUCUGGGGAUGUACUGGGCAGCAUAUGGAAUAUUCUUCGCCGUGUAUUUGUCGCUGAUGUGUUGUGAGUCCGUCAGACGUUCGUUCCCUGCAAAUAUCAUCAUGACUGCCAUUUUCACUCUGGCUGUUGGAUACAUGACAAUGAUGAUCACUGUUCAUCAUAAUGUUGUUUCUGUACUGCUUACUCUCAUCAUCUGCACGAUUUGUUGUGGAUCGAUCAUUAUCUUCUCGACGCAGACCAAAUACGAUCUCACAAACAUGAUGGGAAUUAUGUUUAUCCUGUCAAUGUGCCUGAUGGUGUUCGGACUGGUAGCAAUGAUUUCGGCCAUCUUCUUCAAAGUGAAGUUCAUCUACAUGGUUUACGCAGCGCUGGCGUCGUUGCUGUUCAUGUUCUACCUGGCUAUUGAUGUCCAGAUGCUAAUGGGCGGUCGCAAGUACGAGAUCUCACCGGAGGACCAUAUCUUCGCAGCAGUCCAAAUCUUCCUGGACAUUGUAUACAUCUUCUGGAUGUUGCUGUCAUUGUUCGGAUCGAGCAACAGGGAUUAG